GGCAAAGAUGGAGCUCAAGACGAUUCUGAUCCUUACCGCAAUCUAUAUUGCUGUCCGCGUAUUCCUUAAGACUCGAAACUCUUCAGCACCCAUCAUGGCCCACGGAAAAGUCUCCGAGAUCGACAACGCCGUCAUCUUCAAAGCCCUCACCUCCUCCGGCCCCGUCGUUGUCGACUUCUUCGCUACGUGGUGUGGUCCCUGCAAGGCCGUUGCUCCCGUCGUCGGAAAGCUCAGCGAGCAAUACCCAAACGUUCGGUUUAUCCAGGUGGACGUGGACAAGCUGCAAUCCGUGGCAAAGGAACUGAGCGUGAAUGCCAUGCCCACCUUUGUGGUGUUCAAGGAUGGCAAGGAGGUUGAGCGUGUUGUUGGUGGAGACAUGAAGAAGCUCGAGGCCCAUAUCAAGGCGAUCACCGCAUAGUUGCUUUUCUAUGGUCAACGAGACGAAUUGUCCUAUCAAGAAUCCCGGAAAGGCCCCGAUUCAUGCUACAUGUAUCGGGAAAUACUCGUCCCUCUCUACGCAUAAAUUAUGAAUCACGAAUAAAUCUUGUGACAUACAAUGUUGGGAUGCACGUGUGCACCCAAAGUUUAAAGUACAUUGGUCGGAAAAAUGGUGCGAAUCAUUCCUAUCAGAACCACGGACAUUGUUUCAGAUGACAAUGCGGGCUUGUCGCGCAUUUCAUUGGGUACAGGUCUCGUGGGAGGUAUUUUGGCCAACGAUUGGUGGCCCAACUCCGAGUAUGCAAGGCAGUGCUUCUAUCCUGCAACAUAUUGGUUGGGUACCAUGCCGCAAAGCAUACAACUCUUGUUUCGGUCAGGAAUGUAUGAGCUUUUUUGGUACAAU